GUGUGCGGCACAUGUGUCCAGAUGUUGCGUGGCUGUGGCUGACCCGCAGAACACGACGUCAGACCAAACGUGCGCUCAGCAGCGCAGGAUCCAGCUCAGCACAGCUCCACUCCCUCCUGUGUUUCCACUCGCAACUCCCAGCCGCCUCCAACUUCAUCCUUUUCGCCUUUCCCCCCGAUCUCUGUCUUCAAGGCGUCAUCAACUCAUUUUCUGCUUUUGAUUUAUUCCUUUUUUUUUUUUUUUAUUAUUUUUUUUUUUUACCGCGUCCUUGAGUCACUAUCCAGGAGCGCAGACUCGGUGGAGGAUCAAUGGAGGCGCGCGCGUCGUCUCAUCCUCACCUUCUCUAAGGUGUUUUCUUUCCCCCCCCUUUUUUUAUUAUUAUUAUUUUUUUGGUUCAUUUUGGCGCAUCAAUCACCUGGAUCGUCGUCGGCUGGAGGAUGAUGACAAGCAGGUAGUAAAAAAAAAAAAAAAAAUCCAGCCUACAAUAACACCAGCAGGAGAAGCAGCAGCAGGCCUAUAGAGACUGGAUAUGGAGUCCAUGAAGACCAAGGCCACGGCGGGAAUGAAGGAUCUGGCGGGAAAGACCUUGGGUCAGUUGCACAGGGUGAUGGAGAAGAGGCAGAAGGGCGGGGAAGUCAUCGAGCUGACCGAGGACGGGCGUCCCCGGGAGGCCGCGGAGAGGAAGCCGCCGCUGUGCGACUGCAAGUGCUUCGGCCUGCCGCGCCGCUACAUCAUCGCCAUCAUGAGCGGCCUGGGCUUCUGCAUCUCCUUCGGCAUCAGGUGUAACCUGGGCGUGGCCAUCGUGGGCAUGGUUAACAACAGCACCGUCCACCAGAACGGGAAGAUCAUCAUCAAGGAGAAAGCCAAGUUCAACUGGGAUCCAGAGACGGUGGGGAUGAUUCAUGGCUCCUUUUUCUGGGGUUACAUUGUGACUCAAAUCCCAGGAGGAUACAUCUCCUCCAGGCUGGCUGCAAACAGGGUGUUUGGUGCAGCCAUCGUCCUGACCUCAACACUCAACAUGUUCAUUCCCUCGGCUGCCCGAGUCCAUUACGGCUGUGUGAUAUUCGUUAGGAUAUUACAAGGGCUGGUGGAGGGAGUCACCUACCCAGCCUGUCAUGGCAUCUGGAGUAAAUGGGCUCCUCCACUUGAAAGGAGUCGUCUGGCCACCAUCUCCUUCUGUGGUUCUUAUGCCGGUGCUGUGAUUGCAAUGCCUAUGGCUGGGAUCCUGGUUCAGUAUACUGGCUGGUCUUCUGUGUUUUACGUCUAUGGAUGUGUCGGCAUCUUUUGGUACAUGUUCUGGAUAUUGGUGUCCUAUGAGAGCCCAGCUGAACACCCUACCAUCACUCACGAGGAGCGCUGCUACAUUGAAGAAAGCAUUGGGGAGAGUGCCAAUCUAAUGGGUCCUGCUGAGAAAUACAAGACACCCUGGAAAAAGUUCUUCACUUCGAUGCCCGUCUAUGCAAUAAUCGUGGCCAACUUCUGCAGGAGCUGGACAUUUUACCUGCUACUCAUCAGCCAGCCUGCCUACUUUGAAGAAGUGUUUGGCUUUGAGAUCAGCAAGGUUGGCAUCGUGUCUGCACUGCCCCAUCUGGUGAUGACCAUCAUCGUGCCUUUUGGCGGCCAGCUGGCGGACUACCUGCGCAGCAAUAACAUCCUGUCAACAACAACAGUCAGAAAAAUCAUGAACUGUGGAGGAUUUGGCAUGGAGGCUACGCUGCUGCUGGUGGUCGGAUACUCCCACAGCAAAGGGGUGGCCAUAUCCUUUCUGGUCCUGGCUGUGGGCUUCAGUGGAUUUGCUAUAUCAGGCUUUAAUGUCAACCAUCUGGAUAUCGCCCCGCGCUAUGCCAGUAUCCUCAUGGGCAUUUCCAAUGGCGUGGGUACCCUCUCUGGCAUGGUGUGUCCUCUGAUUGUUGGUGCUAUGACGAAAAACAAGACGCGAGAAGAGUGGCAGUACGUGUUCCUAAUCGCCUCCAUGGUGCACUACGGGGGUGUGGUAUUCUACGGCAUCUUCGCAUCGGGGGAGAAACAGCCGUGGGCCGACCCCGAGCUGACCAGUGAGGAGAAGUGUGGCUUCAUCGACGAGGACGAGCUGGCAGAGGAGACGGGCGACAUCACACAGAGUUACGUCGCUCAGGGAGGGCCCGCCAAGUCCUACGGCGCUACCACGCAGGUCAACGGAGGCUGGGCCGCCAGCUGGGAGAAGACGGAGGAGUACGUGCAGGAGGAGUCCCAGGGAGGAGGCUACGGAUACAGGCAGGAGGAGGGAUACUCGUAGACCAAACACACACACACCGAUACAUGUGUAGACUUCUUGAGCGUGCGUCGAUAUAGUCCAAUAUAAUAUCAUCGAAAUAGAAAUGUAAAAAAAAAAGAAAAAUCGCAAUCUAUUGUUGUAAUUGCACAAGAAGUAUAAUGUAUGAAAAAAAACAAAAAUAGCCCAUUUGAUUAAAAAGAUGUGAGGCACAUCAAAUUGGCAGUAAAUGUAUUAUUAUGCAUAUGGAUAAUAGAUAUAAUUAUUUGGAGUGAAAUUGUCUUUUAAUGUGAAAAUCCUCAUCAGCAAAGGCUUCCCAAAGAACGGGUGAAGCCUGUGUAGGGUCCCCAUCCUUAGUCACAUGACCUGCCACCGGUUAGAGUACAUAAAGCUGCCACUCAGACAUCAGCGUCUAUAAACGUACCACCGCACAGCAUCGUAAGCCGUUGACCGAUUGUACCGUAUCGCUCCUAAAAGCACACUUUUUUUGCGGGGUUCCUCACUGGCCAUUUUGAAUUAAGGUGUCUCUUUCUGUCAGAUAUCAGCGCUGUAGUGCAAGAGUUGUUUAUGUUACUGCAUUAAAUACUGAGCACAUCUGGAAUUAUGAAACGAAUGAGAUAAUCAUGUGUUUACAGCAUUUUAUUGUCCAAAAUAAUUGGUGUGAUUAAAAAAAAAAAAAAAAAAAAAGGAACAUUGAAGAGACGAAAUUAGCCAAAUCGUAUAACAGUAUCAAUAUAUUAGCGCAGCACAAUUAUAUGGAAAUAGAGAAUGCACAUAACUUAAAGCACAUUUGUUAAUAUAAAUAUGUUACUAUAUUACCAGAGGAUGCAGCAAAUGGAUUAUAUAUACAGUGGUACCUUGUUUUUUUUUUAGUAACCAGUUUCAAAAAGGUAUAACAAAAAUGUAUUCCACUAAAAACAGAAACAGUUUUUGUCAUAAGAAAUAAUGUCAAUCUAAUUACUCCGUUCCAUACACCAAACAAUAUUGACAUAAAACUAAUCUUAUAGCGAAUAAUUAUAGUUUUUACAAGCAGACAUCAAUGCGUAAUAUGUAUAAAUGUUGGAUGAAAUGGAUAAAUAAACAUUUAAUAUCACUUUUACCUUUAAUUAUAGACUCUUGCAGGCAAAGAUGGUGUAAACCAGGGGUGUCAAACUCAUUUUAGAUCGGGGGCCACAUGGAGAAAAAUCUACUCCCAAGUGGACCGGAGUGGUAAAAUCACGGCACAAUAACUUAAAAAUAAAGACAACUUGAAAUUGUUUUCUUUGCUUAAAAAUAGAACAAGCACAUUCUGAAAUUGUACAAAUCACAAUUUAUUAUUAUUUUUUUUUAUAAUUACUUGUUGCGGUUAAUAGUAUAUAUACUUUAUUUGUCGUUAUUUAUAUUUUCUGAAUACGUUAUGUGAUAAUGUUCGUCAGUCAACUCAUUGGUGUUCAUUAUCAAUCUCUCAAGAUAAAACAAAAAACAGGAUGAUAUUUAUGUAGUUUGAUCAUUUUCCUCGACUGGUGCACUAACAUCAUAUUCUUUAUUUUGUACAUUUGUAGCGUCAUCUACAAAGAUACAAAGACUUGCAAUUGUGACAUCCAGUGGCCACAUUUAGAACAGCAGUUUCUUUCAUUCAAAAAUUUCAGGUCAAUUACAUUUUUGAGAAUGAGAAUCAGCACCUCCAAGUCCGAGUCCUGAGUUCUCGCCCGGAAAAGGGUGGAAUGCCAUCUCUGGGUUGGGCAGGAGACCCUGCCCCAAGUGGAGGAGUUCAAGUACCUAGGAGUCUUGUUCACGAGUGAGGGAAGAGUGGAUCGUGAGAUCGACAGGCGGAUCGGUGCGGCGUCUUCAGUUAUGCGGACGUUGUACCGAUCCGUUGUGGUGAAGAAGGAGCUGAGCUGGAAGGCAAAGCUCUCAAUUUACCGGUCGAUCUACGUUCCCAUCCUCAGCUAUGGUCAUGAGCUUUGGGUCAUGAGCGAAAGGAUAAGAUCACGGGUACAAGCGGCCGAAAUGAGUUUCCUUCGCCGUGUGGCGGUGCUCUCACUUAGAGAUAGGGUGAGAAGCUCUGUCAUCCGGGAGGAACUAAAAGUAAAGCCGCUGCUCCUUCACAUCGAGAGGAGCCAGAUGAUUGGUUCGGGCAUCUGGUCAGGAUGCCACCCGAACGCCUCUCUAGGGAGGUGUUUAGGGCACGUCCAACUGGUAGGAGGCCACGGGGAAGACCCAGGACACGUUGGGAAGACUAUGUCUCCCGGCUGGCCUGGGAACGCCUCGGGAUCCCCCGGGAAGAGCUAGCCAAAGUGGCUGGGGAGAGGGAAGUCUGGAUUUCCCUGCUUAGGCUGUUGCACCCGCGACCCGACCUCAGAUAAGCGGAAGAAGAUGGAUACAUUUUUAAUUUAUACUUGUUCACUGGCCUGAUCCGGCCCGUCGGGCCGUACGUUUGACACUCCCGGCAUAAACAGUACUUGAGAAGCUCAUUUUACAAAUUUAAUUGGCUCUUAAACAGGGUUUGUAAUUAGAAAAAAUUGUAUAUUGAAGCAAAUGGUCCAUAUGAUUCAAUUUAAACAUGAAUAAUAGGUUCCAGCUUUGACAAAAGUCCAUAUUUUUUCCAAAGUUUGUACCCUUUGAACAAAAUAUAAAGUGUAAUACAGUACUGUAUAGCAAACACACAUAACAAGGGAGUGAUGGAUCAGCCUUCGAUUUAAUAACAAAGUCAAAACAACUCAAUGGAUGUUGUCAUUCAUCCAGGUCAUUGUAUUCCCAGCGCAUUUAAUCGAUCGCAACUCGACUCUUCCGUUUGUCUCAGAAAACGUUUCGCCUAAAGACUGUGGAUAAUGAAGCCUAUGGAUGAGAGGCGAAACGUCUCUUAUGACAAACUGAACAGUCCAGCUUCAACCGAAUCAACAUCCCGAGAAAGUCAAAACAGCAACAACGAGUUGAGCUCUCCUGUCCAAAGGCAAAACCCAGUAACUCAAUUUUGGUCAAAACUGAGCUGAUAAUAAUUUUUGAGUUCAUAGGUGAUAUGCUUUACAUUAGUGUAUGCGAUAUUGUAAUUUGUUGUUAAAUGUAUUGUUCUUGAUUCUUCCCCUUGCAUACUCUUUUGGGCAGAUAACUGUGGAGGUCAAAAUAAAAACUGGACGCUGUACACGGCUCUUGCCCAAUGUGCAAACGCAGAAUGGGGCCCACCCGAGAUUGUGAUAAAAUAUCUGGAGAAAGGGCGCACGUUCAUGAGAGCCGAUUCAAUCCAUGGCUCAAUCGGCAAGAAAAUGAAAGCUCAAGAAAACAUCUAUAUGUUUGAUGACUUUGUAGAUCUUUGUAAGACGGCAGGGCUUCACGGUGGCAGAGGGGUUAGUGCAUCUGCCUCACAAUACGAAGGUCCUGCAGUCCUGGGUUCAAAUCCAGGCUCGGGAUCUUUCUGUGUGGAGUUUGCAUGUCCUCCCUGUGAAUGUGUGGGUUCCCUCCGGGUACUCCGGCUUCCUCCCACUUCCAAAGACAUGCACCUGGGGAUAGGUUGAUUGGCAACACUAAAUUGGCCCUAGUGUGUGAAUGUGAGUGUGAGAGUUGUCUGUUUAUCUGUGUUGGCCCUACGACGAGGUGGCGACUUGUCCAGGGUGUACCCCGCCUUCCGCCCGAUUGUAGCUGAGAUAGGCGCCAGCGCCCCCCGCGACCCCAAAAGGGAAUAAGCGUUAGAAAAUGGAUGGAUGGAUGUAAGAUGGCAUCAAGAUAGAUUGGUUUUCCUUUGUUUUGUGAAAAUCAGCUAGAAGUGAGUUACUAGGUUUUGCCUUUGGACGGGAGAGCUGUCCUCCACAAAAUAGCUUGUUUGUACAAUAAGGGGUUCAUAAAUCGAGGUUCCACUGUAGUAAGAGAGGGGUUAAGCCAUGUGGAUGCUGCAAGUUCUUACAUUUAUUAGUGUUUCUCACCUUUUUAUCAAAGUGCUGGCACUCGCAACUGUCUUUGGCCCUAUGGUAGAUUAUUUAAAAAAAAAAAAAAAAACACGUGGGCAUUUGUUUCUGUGGACUAGUUUGUUUCAGUAUGAUGAUUCCUCCUAAGAACCAACAUUUGUUGCAGUGGACAUUUGUUUUUGGGUAGAUUCAUUUUGUCAGCGUUAAACAUUUCAGGAAAAAACAACAACAACCCUGCUGUACAAAACAAAAACGUCCACUGCAGAAGACGCUGAAUGGUCCUCGGAGGGUUAUAAAAAAACAGAGCAAAAUUUCAGCAAAAAAUGUUGAAAAUCAAAUGAUACAAAAAUGAAGGUACCACUGUAUGUUGUUGCUAUGUCAAUAAAACAUGAAGCAAAUUGAUGUUUUUAUAGAAAAUAGAUAACUAUUCAGUAAAAUACUUGAAGAUGUUCCAUAUGGGCAAAUAGUGGUAAUAGAUUUAUUAGGUGUAAUUAUUGGCCUAAUGUCUGCAACAAUCAGAGUAUUCUUGAUUACAACGAUCGAGACGAUGCACCCCACCUUAGAAUUACGAAGACCAUUCAUUCAUCAGCACUUCUCGAUAUAAACGUGUGCGAAUGCGUACCAAUGCAUGGAACUUUGUGGUGCAGCCUCUUUCUUUGGAGUCGGCGUGUCUUUGUCUCAGAAACUGUUACUGAUGUUUCCAUUUCUUUGCACAACUAACCAAAGGUGAAGAGCAAACAUGGCUUUGGGCGGAAAGUUCCAUUUUCUAAGAGAGCACACGCAGACCGUGGGCCUCGAGGUUGCAGUCUGGACCAAACUUCUCUCUGUACUGUACAAAGCAAUAAAUCCAUAGUAACAGUUUUGGUCCAACCCAACAUUUUCAUCAUGUAACAGUUUUUUAUGCAUUUGUUCUAACUUAGUGUUUUUGUGAUAAUGUAUGAAAUGAUGCUAUAAUAAUCUAUAAUAUAUCAUACGAUAUUUAGUCCAAUGCAAACAUCGUAAGAGUUUGUGAUGGGGCUGCUCACCAGAUGAGAAUGAUAAGCGGGGCUCCGCGAACAACGGGCGCUCCUCUUCGUGUUUUUAUUAACUUGUCCCUUCUCUCUAUCAGUUUUUUGUUGCAUUUGAUCAAUGUUGUUCAUCAAUUGCCUGGACUCCUUCCCGUUCUGAACCACAUGUACCUCCUCCGUCCCCUUUUCCCUUGUGUACCUCCUGAUUGCAUCGUCUGAACAGUCAGUGCCGUUUAAAGACGAUAACUGAUUCUGUAUUUUGCACCGAGAAAAAAAAAGAAAAAAAAGAAAAAGACAAACGUGCAACUUAAAGUAGUUCAACUUUCCUGUUUUUGUGCCUCUGAAGUUAAAGUGUAAUUAUAUGCCUUCUGUUGCUCUGUAAACUGAGAGGUUUGUUGGUGUCAAAAAGAAAAUACAUCUUUUUAAAAAAAAAAAAACACUCAAUCAAA